CGUCGACACCCCGCGUUCCGUCGUCCUCUCGAACAAGAAGUGCUGCCAUUUGGUGCUGGAGUCGGCCAGAGGACAUCGCGCCGUUGACACCACUAGCCCUCAACCCAACCUUCAUUUGUGUUACGUCGUUCGUUCAGUACACUACGUGUAGCCCGGAACUAUGGACGUGGAAGAGUUUCGCGUACGGGGCAAAGAGAUGGUCGAUUAUAUAUGUACGUACAUGAAUACGUUGAAGACGCGACGCGUAACACCAUCUGUAGAGCCGGGGUACCUCCGCACUGCUCUACCCCCGGAAGCACCCUUGCACCCGGAGCCUUGGGAAGACGUCAUGAGGGAUGUGGAGAACAAGAUCAUGCCUGGUGUGACACAUUGGCAGCACCCUCGGUUCCACGCGUAUUUUCCAGCCGGUAAUGGAUACCCUUCUAUACUGGGAGACAUGCUUUCAGCGGGCAUCGGCUGCAUCGGGUUUUCCUGGGCAGCAAGUCCAGCCUGCACGGAAUUGGAAAUAAUUAUGCUAGAUUGGAUGGGAAAAGCUAUAGGACUACCACCCGCGUUUCUAGCACUUGAAGAAGGCAGUAAAGGUGGCGGCGUCAUUCAGGGGUCGGCGAGCGAGUGUGUCCUAGUAUCAAUGCUAGCGGCGAGGGCGGCCGGCAUCAAACGGUUGAAGCACCAGUUCCCGACGGUUGACGAGGGUCUAUUGCUCUCCAAGCUAAUAGCGUAUUGUUCGAAAGAGGCCCAUUCCGGCGUUGAAAAGGCUGCUAUGAUCAGCUUCGUUAAGCUACGCAUCUUACAACCUGAUGAAAAUGGAUGCUUGAGAGGUCAAACUUUAAAAGAGGCCAUGGAAGAAGAUGAGGAAGCGGGACUGGUGCCAUUCUUUGUAUCGACGACCUUGGGUACGACAUCGUGCUGUUCGUUCGACAAUUUACCAGAGAUAGGUCCCAUUGUGAGGAAGUUUCCAUCCGUGUGGCUCCACGUCGACGCAGCUUACGCCGGCAACGCAUUCAUCUGUCCGGAACAUAAAUGCCAUCUAGCUGGGAUCGAAUAUGCCGACUCGUUCAACACGAACCCGAAUAAACUGAUGCUUACGGCUUUCGAUUGCUCCCUACUAUGGGUGACCAAUCGAUACCUACUCACCUCUGCGUUGGUGGUGGAUCCUCUAUACCUACAGCACUGUUACGAUCACACCGCAAUCGAUUACCGACACUGGGGGAUACCGCUCAGCCGUCGCUUUCGAUCACUCAAAUUGUGGUUUAUGCUGAGAAGUUACGGCAUCAGUGGCUUACAGAAGUAUGUGAGGCGGCACUGCGAAUUGGCGAAAUACUUCGAAAAGCUCGUGAAGAAGGACGAAAGAUUCGAAGUUUGCAAUCAAGUCAAGCUGGGUUUGGUGUGCUUCCGCCUUGUUGGAGGUCCCGAUGAAACGUCCCAGCAGAUCGACGACCUCAAUAAGAAGUUACUGACAAACAUCAACGCGUCUGGUAAACUGCACAUGGUCCCAGCCUCCGUGCGGGAGCAGUUCGUUAUCCGCUUCUGCGUAGUCAGCCAACAUGCUACUCGGGAAGAUAUUGAGAUUGCUUGGGACAUUAUAACAGACUUCGCAACGGAAUUGAUCGAAGGUCCAGACAAAGAAAGGGACUUGAACGAGGAGCGCGCCCGCAAGCACCGCGCCGCUCUGGCGCACAAGCGGUCGUUCUUCGUGCGUAUGGUCAGCGACCCGAAGAUCUACAACCCGGCUAUCAACAAGACCCCGCCGCCCAUACCCACCAGCCCAGGCACGCCGCCGCAGCCGGCACCCGCCACUCCGGAUACACCUUCCGAAACAGAAUCUAUUCAACUGGUUCCGUCAACACCGAAACAAUCGUCUUGGAUAAGCUGGCCGCUUGCAUUCUUCUUUCAAAGCGUUGAUAACGACGCCAAUGAUUUGCCGUUGAGAUUCCGUCACCUGGACACGAUGGUGCGGCUGAAAAGUCCAAACCACGGUCGCCGAGGCUCCACCCCUGGCGCCUCCCCUGAGCGGCGCGCGCCCUCACCCUCCGCGCAUUGACCACCGAAGUAGUGCUGCAUCAUGACUUCAAUCGAUGAUCAUGGUGUCACAAACUUUUCUGACCCGGUGGUCCAAACUGGAACUAACAUCACGGGGUCGCAUUUUUUAUUUGUUUACUUUGCUGUAUACCUACUCUCAUACUCAGUGGCGUAGCUAGGUAACCAAGGGCGCCAGUGCAAAUAAAAGAAAACCACUACAAAUAUUUAAUAAGUAGGUAUAUGUACAAAUACAUAAAUACUAUAAGCUAUUUUUUCAUCAGCUCUUUUACGUUUUCGAAAUUUUCCAAGUUUAGCUCGAUUGCGAUUUUCUGGUAAGGAUUCGAGAGCCUCCUAAGCUUGGGGCCCCAGGAUAUUGCACCGCCAAACUGGGUACCCCUACCCCUGGGUAGCUACGCCAUUGCUCAUACUCUCAUAUAGUUUACAGUUAUUGUUAUUUUCGUUUUUUAAUUUAUCCACUUAUAUAAUGCCAAUAGAGAAUGCUAUUAACAUACGCCACAUACAUACAUACAAGGGAUACGCGAAACAUUAUACCUAUUAGAAGCGCGACAACAGUGAUGACAACACCUUUACCGGGCUAGAUAAGUUUGUGGCACUAUAUGCUAGAUACUUUUGAAUGGAUUCCCAGACGCUGUAGCUAGCCAACAUCAACAACAUCACCAGUAACGUCUAUGUUGCUAUAACUAUAAGUUUUUAACAGAUAUGCUUUGAAUGGAGUAAUGGGGAUGAUGACUAUAGGUUUGAAUAAAUUGAUUUUUAUGAUACAUUCGGGUAAAUAAGGUCAAUAUGAACUAAUUUAUACAUAAAAAGCAAAGAUUGUCUGGAUAUUUGCAAAAUAAACAAGAUUAUAAAAUUUCAAAAUCUAUUAGAAAUCUUUUAUCGUAAUUAGAUAAAAAUUCAUACAGUUUUAACUUCCUUACAUUAAAUGUGACGUUUUAAAAAUGAACUAUGAACUAUAAACGCACAAAUAACAAAGAUAUUAGUAAUUGUUUGAACGUCCAUACAAAUCUAACGAUGAUUAUGUACCUACGACGUCAUUAAUUCGUACCAUUUUGUAUAGGGCGGUUUUUAGGGAUCCGCGGCUGCGCCGCAAAUCUGACUCUUUAAAUCCCCGUAGCUCCGAAAGUAAUGAUCGCAGAUACCCAGUUACUUUUACAAAAUUGCUUUACUAUUAGCAUAGGUACUCAUAAUUUAUAUACAAUUUAAAAAACUGUCAUCAUCCCUAACUACCGUGAACUGAGGCAUUACUAUGUUGUUAACAUCCAGAAAAGCACAAAACUUUUCGCUUCAACGUCCCAAAUAUCUUCCUUCCUUCACCUUCUUUCGGUCCUUCGAUCAUCACAUUGCAGUUGAAUAUACCUAGUUUAUUAUACCAUACCUACAUAGUUUAUUGUGAUUUAAUAUGAUAUUUUAUCAAUAAAUUACUUUAUGAGCAUUUA